UUAGAAGAAAAAAAAAUGAAUUUCACGGUCUCUGUUGAGUUUGAACUUCUGAUACAUUCAUUCCUCACUGUGCUGAUAACUGGCGUUUCUUCUGUUAUAGGUGGAAUCAGGCUCAUUGCUGAAGCGUUUUUUUACAUAUUGACUUUUUUCUUACAAUGGCUUCCAUUCACAAAUUACUGACUGGUACUUGUCUUCAUAGAAAUUUCCUGAAGCCAAGGGCUGCAUUGCAUCCAUUUGUGGGUAUUCACUCUGCAGACUGUUCUUCCAGUAAUCCUCAGAAGCAAGUGGCUCCUGCUGACAGAGGCUCCCAGCAGAGAAAGACUGAGGAGGGCAUGCAGAAACAUCACCACCAAGAGGCUGCUGUGGAUGUAACUUCUCCCGACAAGAAACCUGAGCUUAGUUUUGAUAAAGCCAUUAGAGAUGAAGCAAUGGAGCAUUUCAGGCGUUUGAAGGAUGAAAUUGUGGCUCAUAUGAUAGGUCCUGAAGGCCGCCCUCUACAAGAGGUCCUAAUGGAGCAAGCCAGGGUUGUCUGGCAGUUUCGUAAAAAAGAAGAUUUGGAUAAGUGGAUAGUGACUUCUGAUAAGACAAUUGGAGGCCGAAGUGAAAUCUUCUUGAAACUGAGCAAGAACAACCAGAGUGCCCUGCUUUAUGGGACUCUGAGCUCUGAGGCACCUCAAGAUGGGGAGAGUAGCCAAAGUGGCUAUUGUGCGAUGAUAUCCAGGAUCCCAAGGGGUGCCUUUGAGAGGAAGCUGUCUUACGAUUGGUCCCAGUUCAACACUCUGUAUCUCCGAGUCCGUGGGGAUGGUCGGCCUUGGAUGGUGAAUAUCAAGCAAGACACAGAGUUUAUCCAGAGAAAAAGUCAGAUGUACAGUUACUUCAUGUUCACCCGUGGGGGCCCCUACUGGCAGGAAGUCAAGAUUCCUUUCUCCAAGUUUUUCUACUCAAAUCAUGGAAGGAUACGAGAUGACCAGCGCCCGCUCAUAGUGGACAAGAUCUCGUCCAUAGGAUUCACCCUGGCUGAUAAGGUGGAUGGACCGUUCUUUCUGGAAAUAGAUUUUAUUGGUGUGUUUACUGAUCCAGCCCACACUGAAGAGUUUGCUUAUGAGAAGUCAGCUCUUAUCUCAAGACUUAUCAAAUAGAGAACUGGGCACAGAUUUGAGUAAAACUGAAUAGAGUAUCGGUCACAACAUCACAGGCAAAAUAAAGCUUUCCUGUCUGCCACCUC